AUGGCGGAGGACCAGAACAAGGAACAGGACAGGAACCGAAAGGCCAGGGGACCACCUGCGAUCGCGGGGAAGCCUAGGGAUAAGUUCUUUUUCCACUUCGCCGUUCAGUGUUUGGUUUGGGUUGUAGAACAGAAGCAUAGCAAUGCAAUGUGUACUGGAUCCAUGGGUAAGGAUCCUCAUCUAGAAUCGAGCCUAGAGCAAAAAGACAACCCAAACGCUCAACCACGAAUCAACGGUGGAUGGCAGGCUGAGACAGGGUGCUUACCAUAUAUUUACCAUGUUCCCGUUGUCAGUUGGCAAGGCACAGGAAGACAAGGCCCAGGAACACCCGAGAAGCAAAGCUUGCUGCAUCCCGUCGAUCAUCGCUGUUGA